AUGCAACGCCCUCCAAAAAUCCCGAUUCCCGACUUGCGCUUUGAGCAGUCAUUCAUGCGCUCUCUCAACAGCUAUGCUAGCGCGAAGGUGGAGCCUUUGUCUGAUGCUGAGUUGAAAGUGGUCGAUGAGGAAACUGACGAGACAACCCCAGAGCUCCAGCCGCUAGCACCUAUAACCCCUGGAAUCGUUGUGUUUGCCAUUGUGAAGGAUCAGAUUCUUAUGCCGCUUAUUCAAGGCUUUCUCUUGAGUGGAUUCUAUAUCAUCGCCAGACCGAUGCUUCGAUGGGUGAUUGCCAAUGGACAGUCUACUGGUCGCUGGUUGUUUCACAUUUUGGGCCUAGAUCAAAGACCUCGCUAUGUGUCGAGACCAGUUCUGGGGACUCCACUCUGA